AAGGUACUCCAAUCCGAGGUGGGCUUCAGAUCGAGAGCAGCGAAGAGACGGAUCAGGGUAAAUAUGAAUGCGUCGCCAGCAACAGUGCCGGAGUGCGCUAUUCUUCGCCCGCCAACCUAUACGUGAGAGAGCUACGAGAAGUGCGGCGCGUGGCUCCUCGGUUCUCCAUCCCGCCCACCAGCCACGAGAUCAUGCCGGGCGGGAACGUGAACAUCACCUGCGUGGCGGUGGGCUCCCCGAUGCCGUACGUCAAGUGGAUGCAAGGGGCCGAAGACUUGACGCCGGAAGACGACAUGCCGGUGGGACGCAAUGUCCUCGAGCUGACCGACGUGAAAGACUCCGCGAACUAUACAUGCGUCGCCAUGUCGAGCUUGGGCGUGAUUGAAGCCGUGGCCCAGAUCACCGUCAAAUCCUUUCCCAAAGCUCCAGGCACCCCUGUUGUCACCGAGACCACUGCCACCAGCAUCACCAUAACCUGGGACUCCGGAAAUCCGGACCCCGUCUCCUAUUACGUGAUCGAGUAUAAGUCGAAGAGUCAGGACGGGCCGUAUCAAAUCAAGGAGGACAUCACUACGACCCGCUACAGCAUUGGGGGGCUUAGUCCCAACUCAGAAUAUGAGAUCUGGGUGUCGGCGGUGAACACCAUUGGGCAGGGCCCCCACAGCGAUUCCGUUGUGACCCGUACGGGGGAGCAGGCACCUGCCAGCGCCCCCCGAAAUGUUCAGGGCCGGAUGUUGAGCGCUUCGACCAUGAUCAUCCAGUGGGAGGAACCGGUGGAGCCCAACGGUCAGAUCCGGGGAUACAGGGUAUAUUACACCAUGGAGCCCGAUCAGCCGGUCAGCAACUGGCAGAAACACAACGUGGACGAUAGUCUCCUGACCACCGUCGGGAGCCUUCUGGAGCAUGAGACCUACACCGUGCGAGUCUUGGCGUUCACAUCCGUGGGGGACGGCCCGCUCUCGGAUCCCAUCCAAGUGAAAACCCAGCAAGGAGUUCCUGAAGACGUUUGACCCCGUGACUUUCUUCCUGGUGAAAGAACUCAACCCCAACACGGAAUACGUCUUCCAGUUGGCGGCUCGCUCAACCUUGGGCCUUGGAGCCCCGACAUCGGAGGUCAGGGAGCGCACGCUGCAGUCUA